AAUAUGAUAAUCAUAGACAACUUGAUAGAAAUUAAGAGAUCAUCAACUCUUAACAUUUCAAAAUGCCUGUGUUUAUCCCUGCUGACAAACCAAAGAGAGUGUCUAUGGAUCAAAUCAACUUCGAAAGGAACAUUAUCGAAAAAUUGGAAAAAGCAGAUAUCAAUAACGACGGUCGUUACACAAAGGAAGAGCUCAAAAAAGCUCUAAAGGAUUUAGGUUCUUACUACCCUGGAUUGAGAGCCAUAUUUUGUUUCAUGAAAGCUGAUGCCAACAAAGACGGACAAAUCAGUGGCGAGGAAAUCGACACUUUAAUUGAUUAUCUCCUUACCCGUGGUUUUGGCAAGAACUAAUUAUUAAGAGGUGAUAUAUGAUCAAUAAUCAAAUCAUGCUAAUAGCUUUAAUGCAGUAUAUAGUAGUAUAUAUGCAGUUUGUGUUUAUGUUAAUCAAUAUUAAAACCAUCUAUGCUUAUAUGUAACGCAGAAGAACCGGAGGAAUACAAUUAAUUCUUCCUGUGUUAUGCUAUAUGAACAUGCAUGUAGUACUUAUAACUUGCUGCCAAUAAAAUAAAUAGAUAUUUCCCCUGCCUUUCUGGUGUAUUUGUUACUGAUGAGCAAUAGCUAUUUAUUUUUUUC